AUGCCUCCGCGCAAAAGCGACGCGAGCCGCAGAAGCGACGUGUCCAACGCCCGCUUCAUCGUCAUGGACGAGGAACCUCCUGCCUCCACCACACCGGCCAAGGCCGCGGCGGCACCCGCAGCCGCCGCCGGCACCCCGUCUUCAGCAUCGGCGGCCAAGCCUUCCUCAUCGACCCCGUCUAUUGUGCCCGCGCCGACGCCUCAUUCUGCCGCAGGGGCUGCGAGGCCGACUCCGGUGACGACUGAGAAGAAGGAGAGUCAGACGCAUGACAAACUUGCCAAGGCGGAUAGAGAUGCUCUCACCAUCGAGGAUCUCAGCUUGCCCAAGUCUAUCAUUACCAGGCUGGCAAAGGGUGUUCUUCCGCCGCAGACUCAGAUCCAGGGCAAUGCCGUUUUAGCCAUGGGCAAGAGCGCAACUGUGUUCAUCAAUUACCUUGCCUCUCAUGCCAAUGAAAUCACACAAAAUGCCGGCAAAAAGACCGUCAGUGCUGAAGACGUCUUCAAGGCUCUGGAUGAUAUCGAGUUCGGUUUCCUCCGGGAGCCACUGGAACAGGAAUUCGCCAAAUAUACCCAAAUCCAAAAUGCAAAACGCAUCAACUACCGCAACAAGGUCGCCGCUAAAAAGGGCGCUUCUGCGGCCGGGGCAGAAGGCACAGCAUCCGCAGAUGCAUCCCUCCUCUCCAAUCCCGACGACAGCGUCAUGACCGCAGCAUCAUCAGACACAGCCCCACGCACAAAGAAGGCCCGUGUGGACGAGUCGGCCAUGCCUGUUGAUGAAGAGGCCGAUGACGCAGAGACGGAGCCCGAGGAGGACGCCGAAGAAGACGAAGACGAAGACGAAGAAGCGGAAGAGGAUGAAGAAGAAGAAGAGGAGGAUGACGAUGACGAGGAAGAGGGAGGGAGCAGCGAGGAGGUGCAGGACGCAUUGGAGACGAAGGAGGGUGAGGGCAGUGAGGUUGAUGAGGCGCUUGACGGGGAUGAAAGCGACUAG